AUGAGUUUAUGGGGAGUAUAUACUGGUCCAGCACCACCUAAGAAAUCUAUUCAAGAAAUGACUCAACAAGAGCAAGCAGAAGAAGGUGCUCGACAGAUGAUUUCAUUUAUGCAAUCAUGUCCCGGAAAAACCAUCAUGUCUGCUGUAUCUGGUUUUGGGUUGGGUGCUUUCUUUGGUUUAUUCAUGGCAUCUAUGGCAUAUGAUGCUCCUAUAGGAACAGCAUCUGUUAAAGGUAUUUCUGAAUUACCAUUUAAACAACAAAUGAAAUUACAAUUUACAGAUAUGGCUAAAAGAUCUUAUUCAAGUGCUAAAAAUUUCGGAUAUAUUGGUAUGGUAUACCUGGGUGUUGAAUGUACUGUCGAAAGUUUAAGAGCAAAACAUGAUAUUUAUAAUGGUGUCAGUGCUGGGUGUAUAACUGGUGCUGGGUUGGCUAUCAAGGCUGGUCCUCAUGCUGCAUUUAUGGGUUGUGCCGGUUUUGCUGCAUUCAGUUUGGCUAUUGAUAUGUAUUUAAACAGUGAUUCUGCACCACCUCCAGAAAAUGAUUAUGAUAUAUAA